AUCUUUUUGGCCUGGCGAUCAAGCAUCUCUCUUUCUCCUGGCAAAUAAGCAUCUCUCUCUCGCUGCACGACCACAGAAAAUAUCCAGAAAAACAGACCCUGCUCCAACAAGAAAAUAUUGAAAUCAAGAAAUUCAAUCGAGCAUCUCUCUCUCUGCACGCCACAUAACACUCUCUAGACCCUGCUACAAAAAGAAAAUAAAGGCGACAAAAUGAAUGAUUUGAUGACCAAAUCGUUCACUAGCUAUGUGGACCUCAAGAAAGAGGCCCUCAAAGACCUGGAAGCCGGUCCUGAUCUUGAAAUGGAAGCUCAAUUCAGCAGCACAGAUCAAAACCUAAUCCCCUUCUUCAAAGAAGUUGGAGCCAUCAAGGAUGAGAUGGAGGCCAUCGAGCUUCUCCUGGAGAAGUUGAAGGAAUCCAACGAAGAAACAAAGAGAAUCCACAAACCAGAAGCCCUCAAAUCUCUCAGAAAUAGGAUCAACAGCGAUGUUGUCAAUAUUCUAAAGAAGGCAAAAACCAUCAAAAUCAUGCUCGAAGAGCUGGAUAGGCAGAACUUGGCAAACAGGAGACUCUCAGGAUUCAAAGAGGGUACCCCACUUGACAGGACAAGGAGCUCAGUGACAAAUGGCCUAAGAAAGAAACUGAAAGAGUUGAUGAUGGAUUUUCAGGCUCUCAGGCAAAAGAUAAUGGUAGAGUACAAAGAGACAGUAGAGAGAAGAUAUUUUACUGUAACAGGGGACUAUGCGAGCGAAGAGAUGAUAGAGAAUAUCAUAUCGAGUGGACAGAGUGAGAGCUUCUUGCAAAAAGCCAUUGCAGAACAGGGGAGAGGUAAGAUAUUAGAGACCGUAAAUGAGAUACAGGACAGGCAUGAUGCCGCGAAGGAGAUAGAGAGGAGCUUGCUGGAGCUUCAUCAGGUGUUUCUGGACAUGGCUGUUAUGGUGGAGGCUCAGGGUGAGAAGAUGGACGACAUCGAGCACCAUGUUAUGAAUGCGGCGACCUAUGUCAAGGAUGGCACCAAGAACCUCAAGGCUGCAAAGGAAUACCAGAGGAGCAGUAGGAGGUGGAUGUGUUUUGGGUUGACUCUGCUCCUUGCUCUCAUCUUCUUUGUUAUUGUUCCUAUCAUCACCAGCUUGAGCAACUCCUAGAGUUAUUUAUUUUAUUUUUCUUUAUUUAUUUAUUUUUGGGGUGGGGGAUAGUUAUGUGUGUGAAUCUCGUUUGGAGUAAGACUUGGUUUGUAAUUUGCUGUAAACUGGGUUUAAGUGGGGAUCAUGGAUUUCAUAGGGAUUGGAGUUCUGCUCAAGCUCCAGCUUUAUGAGGAGAUAUAAGGCUUUCCUUUUCAACUCCCAGCUUUAUGAGGAGAUAUAAGGGUUUCCUUUUCAGGUGUUAUUUCUACUUCAUGGUGGUGGUUGAAUUUUGUUGCAGAUCACUAGCAAUGGUUUGAUUUCAUAAUGAAAUUAUUUGUAAUUCUGCUCAAGCUCCAGCUUUAUGAGGAGAUAUAAGGCUUUCCUUUUCAACUCCCAGCUUUAUGUAGGAGAUAUAAGGGUUUCCUUUUCAGGUGUUAUUUCUACUUCAUGGUGGUGGUUGAAUUUUGUUGCAGAUCACUAGCAAUGGUUUGAUUUCAUAAUG